AAAAACAAACCAACCCCAAUAUGGUGCACGGCCACAUCCUCCUCCUCACUUUUCCUGCUCAAGGCCACAUCAACCCUUGUCUCCAAUUCGCCAAGCGUCUCCUUUCGAUGGGCGUUCACGUCACCUUCACCACCAGUCUCUCCGCCCAACGCCGCAUGACCGCCGAUACACCGGAGGGCUUGAAAUUUGUCACCUUUUCGGAUGGCUAUGAUGAUGGGUUUAAACCAGGGGACGAUAGGCAACACUACUAUUCUCAGAUGAAAAAAAACAGCUCUCAAAUAAUCAGAGAUAUUAUCACCACCAGCUCCGACGAAGGCUGCCCCGUCACGCACUUGGUCUACACCUUCCUCCACCCUUGGGCGGCCGCAGUGGCGCGUGACUGUCACGUCCCGUUCACACUCCUUUGGAUUCAACCCGCCGUGGUUUUGGAUAUCUACUACUAUUACUUCAAUGGAUAUGAAGAGGACAUUGUGAAAAAUCACAAUGACUCCUCCUGGUCCAUUGAAUUACCCGGAUUGCCACGGCUUUAUAGCCAUGACCUUCCCUCUUUUGUAAUUCCUUCAAGCUCAAACGCUCAUACGAUGACAAUAUUCAAAGAACUUGUGGACACGCUUGAUGAAGAAACCAACCCUAAAGUACUUGUGAACACUUGCGAUGCAUUAGAACCCGCGGCCUUGAAAGCUAUUCAAAACUACAAUUUGAUUGGAAUUGGACCCUUGAUUCCAUCGGCUUUCUUAGAUGGGCAAGAUCCAUCGGAUACUUCGUUUGGCGGCGACCUCUUUCAAAAAUCAAGGGAAUAUAUUGAAUGGUUGAACUCAAAGUCCCAAUCAUCGGUGGUUUACAUAUCGUUUGGAACCAUGAUAGUGCUACCAAAGCAACAAAAGGAGGAAAUUGCGCGUGGUUUGUUGGAAAGCCAUCGGCCAUUCUUGUGGGUGAUGAGACCAGAAGAGAGUCGCGAAAAAGAAAAAGAAGAAGAUGAUGAAGACGCGCUAAGUUGCAUGGAAGAACUCGAGCAACAAGGGAUGAUAGUGCCGUGGUGUUCUCAACUGGAGGUUCUUUCGCACCCGUCUUUGGGGUGUUUUGUGACACACAGUGGGUGGAAUUCGUCGUUGGAGAGCUUGGCUUCAGGAGUUCCCGUGGUGGCGGUGCCGCGUUGGUCGGAUCAAGGGACGAAUGCGAAGAUGAUGGCAGAGGUGUGGGGGACAGGGGUGAGAGUGAAGGCAAAUGAAGAAGGGAUUGUUGAGAGUGAAGAGGUUAAGAGAUGCAUAGAGGAGGUGAUGGGGGGUGAGGAGAGAGGAGAAGAAAUGAGGAGAAAUGCAAAGAAAUGGAAGGAGUUGACAAGGGAAGCUGUGAAGGAAGGUGGAUCUUCUGACUUGAAUCUCAAGGCUUUCGUGAAGGAGAUUGGAGGAGAAUGCUCUUCUAAAGUGUUUUAGUCCCAUUUUCUGUUUUCUUGCACUUUUCUUUUUGGUCCAUGUAGAGACUGGGUUUUUUCUUUUAUGUUCAUCAGAGAUGUUUGCUUGAUAUCAUUUGGUUACACAGCC